UCUAUUUGCACGCAAGCAUUCAAAGGUGCAUAACCUAUCUCAAAACCGUGGCUUAGAGAAAGUCUUCAUCGACGUCAGUUCUUGAGCACCAUCCAACAAUCUGUGACCAAACUCUCGUUUUCAUUUUGCAAAGAUACUGCAUGCGGAGUAGUGUAGGUGGCAAUAGCAAAGUUUCCUGAUUUUUUUUUGUUUUUUCUUGUCGGGAAAUUUUGUUAAUGAUGAUUUAUCUCAUUGUAUUUUGUGUUGGAUUUUGGACGGUGAAUGGCGAACAGACGAUUAGUGCAGACAAUCCGCCACCAUACGUUAAACAAUGCUACGAAGGCGAUCCGAAAAUGAUCGACUGUUUCAUAUCCGCUCUUCACCACUUGCAGCCCUAUCUGGCCAAUGGAAUCAAAGAAAUCGAACUUCCCUCAGUGGAACCUUUCCUUAUGGAUGAAUUGUCGUUGUCGUUAACAGGAGGUCCUAAUGGAUACACCAUUUCUUUGAAAGAAAUGAUGAUUUAUGGAGCCAGCAAUUUUUCCAUGUCGAAAUUGAAAUUAUCCGAAAAUGGAAAGCCGUUUGAGGCACAAAUCAACAUUCCAUCCCUAAAAAUAAACGCCCGCUACCAAAGCAGUGGAGUAUUGAUCAUUUUACCUGCUAGUGGAAAUGGAACGUUUUUCGGACAAUUUGAUGAUCUCGACUGUAUGCUAAAAGGAAAAGUGAGUGUCAAUGAGACCAGUGGCGAAAGAUAUUUGCACGUUGAUGCUUUACAUGUCGAUCUCACCGUGAAGAAAAUGCGAAUGAUGGUGAAAAACAUCUUCAAGAACAACCGCAUAUUGACUGAAGCCAUUAAUUUGUUCCUGCGAGAAAAUGGACAGGAAGUGUUCAAAGUAAUGUUGCCUCAACUGAGAAAAAAGCUGGCUGGGCUUUUUAUGAAUAUCUCCAAUAAGUUGCUGGCUCACGUACCUCUAGAUGUUUUUUAUGUGCCUUUGGCCAAACAGACCUCGUAGCUAUUUUUCUCAGAUGUAUCAAGCUUUGACCAAGAGCUUCGAUAAUUUAUUUUUGUACUUUAGUCGGCCACUGAAGCUCUCAAAAUAAUGAUUUGAUCUUUUCUAUGUGAAUGAAGAUUUCGCCAAAACAAUGAAAGGAUCAAUUACAGUAUUGGGCCAAAUCGCUCUCUGUACCUAAAGUAGGUUAUUUUUUAAUGUAUUUGUUUCAAUUUAUUGUUAUGCGGCAGUUAUCCUCUAGAUAAGACUAUUUUUCUAGAAGCACAUGCGUCAGCAGUUGUACUCAUUGAGAGAAAGUUUAUUUUAAAUCAACUGUGUGGUACUUUUUACAAAUAAAUAUGUUUUCAUUAAA